AUGCCUCCUCUGUCGGCCUACACCCCAUUUGAGUCCCUACUCUUCUUCCAGUCGCUCGCGACGUCCGAUUCGCGACCGGCAAGCUUCGGGUCGAUCUCGACGCUUCUGCGCAAUAACCAGCUUGUUCGCGACAAUGUAGAGUUCGAUGCCGAUCGACUCACCCCGGAGGCAUUAGAGGACCUGUAUGCGACCUUGAUGCGCGAUGGCUUCAGUCGUGACGGAGCCAACCGGGAGGGACGAGAGAACGAUGCGUCUAGCCCCAACCCGAAGAAGCGCAAAAUAUCCAGUCCGCGACCGGCCGAUCUGGCUGAUGGGUUCACACAUGCCACACUGGUCCCGGAGCUAGUAGCGCAUCUCUAUGCCAAGUACAAGGAGCUGGUGACCAAGGAAAUCCGGGACGAUGAAAAGAAGUAUGCCGGUAUGCAAGACGAAUUGGAACAGCUGCGAAAGGAGGAAAGCAAGGCAAUCGAGGCAGAGCUCCCACCAUCCAAAGAGGACAAACCCGAGCUCGCACCAGCUGAGCCGAUGGACGUUGAUGUCAAGGAAGAGUUGUCGCGUACAAACGUCCAGGACUUCACGGGAAAGGCUCUUGCGGCAACUGUUCCCGCUGUCCAGAACAAACCCCAACCAGAGCAACGGAAACAGCGUAUCGAGGUGGCUAUACCUGUUACAUCACACGAGACUGCGAGGUCUCAACCAGCACCUCCAGUGGCCCCAUCCUUAGUUGCGCAAGCACCAACCUCCCCGCGCAACCCACAAGUGGAGGCAGAGCAAGUAGAGCAACCACAGCCCGCCAAACCCCAAGCCACGGGGAAGCCGACUAUUCAACCACUUGCACCUUCAGCCCCCAAAAUACCUCCCCAAACACCUGGGGCAGCACGAACUGCGCCCUCACAUCCAUCUCAGAUUGCACCUCGUGCGCACCCUAUUCCGCCCCCUUCGACUGUGACAACUAAAACUGGCCCUCUUCUACCGGCCUCUCAACGAACCCCGGCACAACCAACUUUCCAGCAGUGGCAGCUGGACCCUUCACCCCACUCUCCAUAUCCCCUCAUCUCUCCGGGAACCGCUACACCUCAAACCGGCCAGGCUGCUUCUAAGCGGAACUUGCCCCAAUCUAUCAACACGCCAUUACCAGGGCCACAGUCUCAACCUCCUCUUCAACCUCCCAUCCCUCAUACCCCCAGCGCCAUUUCCUCCGCGAUCCAAACACCAGUCCCAAUUGGUCGCCCGCACAUGUCACAGACCCCAAGUACGAGGUUUCCUUCCUUCUCCGAAUCACGCGCUUCUCACGCCCGCCUAUCGAUCGAUACUCAAGGCUCCUCAACCCCGUGGAAGAGGACUCCGCGUCUGAGCAUUCCUCACUCCCCGACAUCACCUCCACGUCCGCGUCCAGAAGACGUCAGUCCUAUCAGCGAGAGGGGAUCGCCCAUCGAUGGAAUGGACAUGUCACCUCCACCACGAAAGUCUUCAGAUGAAAGAAAGUCGCGCCGUAGCCAACCUGACACCAAAGCCACACCUACUAUCAAGACCGAGAAGCAAUCAAGCCGAAGGAUGCGCGCUGUCAGUUCAGCAUCUUCUCGGAGCAGAGGGCGGUCGAUGGCUUCUCGUGAUGGAUCAGUUGCGCCUUCGGAUGAUACGCUGCGAGCACUCGGUCGCCGUAAGGGCGCGUCCGGUAUCGUCGAUGAUGAAACACCUAAAGCCCGAUCGAAACGCAAGCGAGGGGCAAGUGAGGCUAUGGAAGUAGAGCCUCAUCCAGCAGACAUUCCAAGAUUUGACACAACCAAAUACGUGAUGGCCGCUCGUCAAUUCCAUCGCACUGCGCAACCUCUCAUGAAUGAUGUUGCCACCCACAAGCUUGCCUCCAUCUUCAGUAAGCCGAUCGGAGAGCGUGAUGCACCCGGCUAUGGCGAUCUCAUUUAUCGACCGCAGGACUUGAAAACCAUCAAGUCGGCCGUUCAUCAGGGCAGCAAAGCCGUCGCCACUGCAGGUGAAUCUUUCAGCACCCCAGGGGAUGGAGAGUCUCCUGCUCCCAGCGGCACACCUUCCAAAAGUGGCGUGCUCAUGCUUCAAAAGACUGAAGACUUGAUCCCUCCUAAGGGAAUUGUGAACUCGGCACAGCUGGAGAAAGAACUGAUCCGCAUGUUUGCCAAUGCAAUCAUGUUCAACCCCAUUCCUCAACGAGGCUUCGGACCUGCUUUCCCCAUGACCAGCGACCGUGGUUCCCGUGAAAGCACUCAAGUCGGCGAUGCUGACGAAGGUGGCAUCAUCCAGGAUUCCUUGGAAAUGUUUGAGGAUAUCCAACAAGCCGUGACUCGGUGGCGAGCUGCUGAACGUACCGCCGAUGAACUUGCCAACAAGAACGUCCUUUCUCUCAGACGUGGCAGUGCCAGUGAUUUCAACACGGACAGCGCAGAUGACGUGAAAGGAUGA